UAUGUAUAUAAAACAAGUUGAGCUUAGACAUGUUAUUUUUCGGUGGCAUUUAUUCGUCAUUGUUUGAAACAUAAAUGUUUUACAUACACCACACCAUUUGAACUUAUAAUAUGAUAACGUUAAGAAAAGUUUUUGUAACUAUCUCGCUAACUCACUAGCAUGUUCCCGUGUUGUCUAGGAAACGGAAACGCACUACACUGUCGUAAAACCCAGGAUGUGACUCACUUGCCAACAAUUUUUAGAAACUUGAAUAAGCCAGAAUGUUACAUUCUUCUGAGGAUACAGACCAGCCUUUAGAUAUUUAUUCGGACGACGAUGAUAAUAAUGUAUUAAGGGAACGAAGAAAUGCAUUUGGGGAUAUAAAUGCAGCUUUAGAUGAGAGCAGCACGAGCCGCAGGGUAACGCACGGGCGGCGGCAGCAGCUGUAUAGAGACACACACCUGUGGCCCGCUCGAAUUGUUUCUAUGCUUUGCAGCAUUGCCGUUGUCUCAUUCAUCGCCGUGCUUAUCUCCUUUUUGUACAUCAUAUUAAAAGAUUUAAGAGCUGAAAGGGUUACCACUGAAGAUGGAGCAGAAGUGAGACUUAUGGGGUUUUGGAGUAUUUUGAUCCUGUCUUCUGUUGCUGGACUUCUGUGUUGCAGUUUCUCAUGGACUCUAACCUACUUUGACUCAUUUGAGCCAGGGAUGUUUCCUCCAACCCCUCUUUCCUCGGCCAGAUUCAAGCGAAUGACCGGACACUCCUUCCACAUGGGCUACAGCAUGGCUAUACUCAACGGCGUAGUGGCUGCGCUCACUCUUAUAUGGUAUCUCAUCUGACGCCAGACACACACGCCUCAACUGACCUCACCUUUUAUCAAUGGGCGAUCCUGAAAACGUCACAAGAAAUAAAGAAAUUGCUUAAAUAUCUGGAGCGGGGGGGUUGUCAGUAGAAACAAAAAAAACAUAAAACAUAAAAUGAUGACACACUUUUCACUUUGGGGUGACCUCAUCCUUGAACAUUAGACUAGACUAGGCUGACCUUAUUGGCUCAACCAAUGGUUUGAGUUUGCUCUACCAAUAGAAAGAAUGUUUAAACUUUUAAAAUUAAACUAUUUAGGGCCACUGAAAAAAAUUUACGUAUUUGCUUUUUUUACUGAUUUUUAUGACUUUCUUCUUUGAAAUACAAAAGAAUUGCUUGUUUUUCAUCUGACCCUAAAGCCCCCACCCCCCAAAAAACCCUAUAUAAAACAUCUGUGAAAACCAAAGAUUUAUUGGUUAAACUUAGUUACCUGAUUGCUUUAAACAUUUUGAAUCAAAAAUAUAAGUAAAUUAGUAAAAAUAUUGGGUUAAAUAAUAUUUUUAAGCUGAUUUAGCAGCAAUUAAGGCAACCAGGUAACUUAUGUUGCUUUUCCAUUGCAUAGGAAAAUCCAUUGUCAUGGGUCAGGUCGUGUCAGCUCAUCUUACUUUGGCUUGGUAAGCUUUUUAAUUAAGUUCAGUACCGCUUCAGAGUGGGAGGGAUUAUAGGCGUGUCGUUAUAUUUGCGCUGCCUACUGCUGUGACAUCAUUCAAUAAGUGGGAGCGAGCAUCGUUGGAAUGCAGUGUUUCCCGUACAUUCAUUUAUUUGUCAGUCCGCCACAAAAUCAAAAUUGACCACCACAAAUAGAUGUUUGCACAUUAUGUUUAUUCUUACCUCUGUGUCACACGACAGUUCUGUACAAACACAGGCAGCACCAGUCGCAAAGUUGCAAAAAAAGGAACUCAAAUAUUAACAUGUACAUUUAAAAAGUAAUGCGUUACUUUACUCAUUACUUCAAAAAAGUAAUAUUAUUACGUUAUGCACGUUACUUGUAAUGCGCUACCCCCAACACUGUUCUUCAGCGAGUGACGCGAGGCGCAAGCGCAUCGUCCGCCACUAGGUCCUAAAGUACACCCGAUUUCUCACAACAUACAGACCAUAGACACAGACAUUGACUUGCUGAUUUCUCCUGUGUUUUUUAUGAAAUUCUGAAUUAUUCACUUGUGUUUUAUCUUAACUGGAUUAACAUUUAUUUCACGACCCCAAAUGUGCCAUGAUUAAUGUUUAUGUUAUUUGUUUGAUGUUUAUGCGAACAAAAGUGCACGUACAUGUAAAAUUAUUUUAUAAUAAAAUUUUAAAUUGUAAGCUAAUGACGUAAGUUACUGGGAUCUGUGAAAAUUACUGAAAAUCUGUGGUAGUAGUGUCAUAGUGAUGUAAAUUUUUAUACCAUUUCAUCUCUAGUUUUUCCUUUGUUUAAAUUUGACCCAUGCUGUGUGAUUGUGUCAUUACCAUCACACCUUAGUGCUGCUUCAUCAUAAAUAUCAUUACCACAAAAAUUCUUAAAAUAUCACAAUAUAAUUUUGAGGCUGUAUUGCUCACCUCUACCGCUGGUAGUGACGAUUCUCUCAGACCAAUCAGCGAUCUACAGUGGUUUCACGUCACAUUUUAAUAUCAGCUCAGCUCGCUUGGAACCUCAACCUAGGUGGUACUAAAAAAGUAUUGGGUACAACGUACUGUACCCAGUGGAAAAGCCCCAAAAGUAGGCUGACCCGACCCAACCCAUGGGGUACUAUCAAGCGUGCCGCACAAGCCCUGAAAAGUGAAGCCAAAACGUCUCGAUCGCCCCCCAGUGACUGGUCCCAGUAUAGGUCAUAAACCCCGCCUCCCCAUGUUAUUCAAUGGGACUUGAGACCAACUAAAAAAAUUAAUUACACUUCAAUUAUCUUUUUUCCGAAGCUGGUUUCUGUCAUUUACUGUAGUUUUUAUCACGCUGAUGUAAAUUCAAAUGUUUGUUUUUAAAAUAGGUUUGUGUUUAGUUAGUUAUUUAAUGAUAUAAAAACGGUGGUGUAACGUCAUGAUUGACAGCUGUGAUAUCGUGUGAUAUGCGCAUUCUACGAGAGCGAGGGCGGGGUUUUGACUUCGCGGCUUCCCUACCUGCUCACUACUGCGCAUGACUGGUCCCGAAAUCGCUAUUGCGCAGACUCAAGACCCAAGAUGUCAGCGUCAUAUCGGGACCCUGGCGGCUUCACUUUUCACCAAUGGAAGAGAGCGAACAGGCGUCGUCCAUCUUUUUUUUACAGUCUAUGAGUACUAUGCAAUGGAAAAGCGCCAUCACUUAUGUUUUAUACUGUGGGAAAUUAUUUCAGAAUUUUCACUUUUGGGUGACCUAUUCUUUUAAAAAUUUAAAUAUAAAAAUAUUUUUUUAAAUAUUAAAAAAUAGCAAAAAUUAAUUUCUUGUUUUAUAUAAAAAUGUUACAAACAAAAGAAUUUCAUGAAGAGUAUUUUUUACCACUUUCGUCUCUUUUCCUAAUUUAGAUACAAAAUGACUCUUAAUGGACUACAUAUCAUUUGGAAUAACAGUGGCAUAGUCGGGGACUCUUUGUUACCCUAUUAUUGUAUUUUAAAAGGCUUUCUGUUAUUAUUGCUGUUACAUUUUACCAUUACAAUAGCAGUGCAUUACUCUUUGCCUUCUGUUCUUUUGAUGUUGCUCAUCAGUGAAUCAUUACAUAGAUGUCGUCCAGCUGUUUCUAAAAUUGCAUGUGCUUUUUAGGACCUCUGCUCAGCAAAGAUCAGGGUCCCUUUGGAAUUGUGCUUUAUUAAAGCUGCAUGUUGCUGCUCUAUUGAGCAUUUUAAUGGGGAAAAUCAUUAAUACAAUAGCUGUUUUGGGGUUGAUGGAGAAUAGCCGUGUUAAAGCUUUGUGGAGAGCCUGGGAGAAGGUCAGAAGUGUACAAGUGUGGAUUUAAUUUAUGACUUUAAUUAUUUGAUGUCGACUCUCCCAGGCCAUUAUUAUUUUUCUUUUUCAUUACAUUAGCAGGCCCUGUAGCGACUCAUUUUAGCUAGCGCUAAUGCACUGGUCUGUCUCAUCUAUGGAGUAUUAAUGUACUGCCGGUGUGUACGUAUUCAUUUCCAAUGGUUGUUUUUCUGUGAACAUGUCUCUAUUUUUAGUAUUGGCGUUUGCUAAAAUUAUUUUUGGUGAUGGCAAAUUACCCACCCGAUAACCUGUUGCUUAUAGAUUGUUUGUUUGGGUAUUUGGUUAAAUGGUUAAGUAUUAUUUUAGUUAUAUUGGCACACUAUGUAUUAAAGAUUCAUAUUAUAUUGUUUUUCAGCCCUUAUCUGUGCAAAACACUCACGUAUUUAGGCUGUCGCAUACAAUAUCUCAUCCUAAAACCAGAUUUGCUGGUUUGUUUUCCUGUUUACUGUCAUUUAUAAAAAAUCAGGGAUGAUAAAACACUGGAAUGUUCAUUGCUUACUCUAAAGGUGGAACAUCAUGUCAAAUAACGCUAGCAUAAAUAUAUUUUUGCAAAAAACAAUAAAUUUGGUAUUUGAAUAGUU